AUGUCUACGACGUUGUCUCAUCCAUCAUCAUGUCUUCUCCUUCUCCUCCUUCUCUUUUCCGAUCGUCCUUCCACCGGUGCAACCUCCGUCCCCGACGUAGCAAACGCGGCGGCGCGUGUGUUAAACAGAGCGAGGAUAGCAAAACAAUCAAGGAAGUUUCUACAUGCGCACAACAGAGCGCGUGAGUCUUCAGGCGUGCCACCUCUUGAAUGGGAUAAAGGCCUGGCCCGAUUCGCUCAUAAAUGGGCCAAACAAGUUAAGCCCGAUUGUAAUAUGAAACAUUCAGGUGGGCCAUACGGCGAGAAUAUAUUCUGGUACCGGGACGAGAAGACAUGGUCGCCGGAGAAAGUGGUGACGAAAUGGUUUGAGGAGAGGUUUAGCUACGACCGGAAAACAAACACGUGCACGUCGGGUAAAAUGUGCGGCCAUUACACGCAGAUCGUAUGGCGAGGCACGACAGCCGUUGGAUGUGCACGAGUAAAAUGUAAUAACAGUCGUGGGUAUCUCGUGGUGUGUGAGUAUGAUCCACGUGGGAAUUACGAAGGGGAAAGCCCUUUCGAUCAAACACAGCAAAUGAAAGACGUUAGAGAUUGA